AUGAAUCAAUUUAUUGUUCAUAGUAGUUUGGAUAUUGUCGAGGAGGUUCAAUGGGGUGGUGGACAAAUGUAUUUGAAAUGUAUUGAUCGUUUUUACAAUAAUUACGUUUCUUGCUUCAUGACGGGCGGAAAUGUUAAAUUUAUGCUUCUACAUUCUCCUUCUCAACCUGCCAAUCCAACGACCUCGAGAACGAGUACGUCGAUAGGUGCAAAUCCUACCUCACCCCAGACAGAAGAGGCGAUCAAACAAUUCUUUACCGAAGUUUAUGAGAAUUGGGUAAAGACAAUUAUGAGCCCGUUUUAUCAAGUCAAUCAACCAGUUACGAGUCCGGUGUUUAGGGGACGUGUUGCGGCCGCUGGAAAGAAAUACUUGUGA